GAUUAGUAGUAAGCACAAAAGUAAUUAACGAAGAACCAACUAAACGAUCCAAUUAUAACUGGACCGAACCGAUAACCAACCCUUCCUAAUCCCCAUUGAUGCUUCCUCUCUACCAACUGGGGGCUAAAAGUUAAUGGACUCCUGUAACAGACUGUCAUCAUCGGCCCAAGCAUAUUCCACGCGGCCGCCAUUAACAAAUGAAGGGAUGGGCCAAACGUGGCACCAAAGUAAAAGCCCAAACUCGUAGAAUACAAUAAAUGGGCCUUUCUCGUUUCUUGCCCAUUCCACCAGUCUUCUGUCUUCUCUAUAAAAUCUUCCCUAACUUCCACAUUAGUUUUUGCACCUUCCAAGAAACAAAAAUGUCGAGACUAGCCAUGCUCAUCAUCCUCAUCUUCAUUUCCAUGUCGGUCCUCUCAUCAAGCGCCCAACAACCACCACUCAAUUGGGCCAGAAGGCUCGACUCCGGCGACGGCCCGGAGACGGUCACCAACCUCCAGUUCUACUUCCAGGACCUUCCCGGCGGGAAGAACCCGACCGCGGUCCAGAUCGUCAAGCCGGCCUCCUCGGGGACCUCCAUCAACAGCUUCUUCGGGUCGGUCACGAUGGCCGACGACGCGCUGACCGAGUCCGCCGACGCGGGGUCCAAGAUCGUCGGCCGGGCGCAGGGGCUGUACGGCUUCGACAGCCAGAACGACCUCACGCUGAUGAUGUCGAUGAGCUACGUGUUCACGGACGGGCCCUACAGCGGCAGCUCCCUCAGCGUCAUGGGCCGGAACCCGACCAUGGACACGAACCGGGAGCUGCCCGUGUUGGGCGGGACGGGGCUGUUCAGGAUGGCGCGUGGCUACGCGCUCUUGAGGACGCUGUCGAUCGAUGCCUCGGGGGACGCUGUUGUGUACUAUAACGUCACGGUCCAUGCGCCGGCUUCCAAUUAUGCCAAUGCACAAAUAAUCUCUCCCGCCGGCGGCGGUGGAGGGGCACCGGCGCUGCUAAGGCGUUGAGUAGUAGUGGUUGUUCUUCUCCGAUGAUGGUGGCCGGCAACCGGUGGAUGGUUACUUUCAUAUUCCGGUUGUUUGUCGUGGCUUGUGGGUGUCGUCACAUCAUAUUCCGGUUGUUUUUACUUUCCCCGCAAUUAAUUAGAAAUGUUGUCUUGUACGUUGUUAAAAAGCAUUACAAUAGACAUGGCAAAUUACACUCGAACCAUUGACUCCACCUCAACUCGUACAAAGAGUAGAAGUUUUUAUAACUCGAAUGACCUGAAUCUGAUAACUCGUGAUUUUUUGGGUCGGGUUGGGUGGGUUAGCAAGUCGAUUCGUUGAAGCGGUUCCAUUUUAUAUAUCACUCCCAAAAUGAUAAAAUCACUCAUAAAUUGGUGAGAUGUCUAAAAAAAAUUCACAUGAAUUUGUAUGACAUGUUUGGAAUUCAAGGAUAAUCAAAUAUCAUGAGCUUCUUGUAGGAGCAUUACUCUUGGGAUUGUUUUUUGACGGUUUGCGCAAUAUAUAUUUCAUUUCAUUAGCAUGGGAGGAUUUGAUCAUAUGUUAAUUGACAUGUGUUAAGUAAACUAUUGUCAUACAUAUGUGAAAAUUUGUGUUCUUUAAGAAAAUAUGAAGCAUGUUUGAUAUUGUUUAUGAGAGCGCUCAUAACCCGAAAAGUCCUGUAACCCGACCUGACCGAAUGGGUUGGGUCAAUAUUUGACUUGAAAUCAACCAACCGAACAUGACUCGGCUCGUAACCGGAGGCCCCAACCCGACCCGAUUGUCAGGUCUACAUUACACUCUUUGUUUUGUUUGAUCGUUAAUAAUAAUGGUCUUUUUUUCUUUCUAGCUGUGGUAAAUGACAUUUCUUAAUGAUCUAUGUUUUGUGUUUGUGAUGGUACUCUAUCAAGUAUCAAUUUUUAACGGUUUAGAUUUAUUCGAAAAGAUCAAGUCAUCUAUGAAAUCUAAAAAUAUAUCCAUAAUAAUAGGAGGUUCCAAAAACAUACACAAUCUCCUAACGAGAAUCAGCCAAAGUAAUUAAAAACUUGGAGGAGUUUGGCCACAAGUGGCCGGAAACCAAUUAAGAUGUAAGACAAAAAUCUCCAUGGAGAUGGCAAAGAUGUAGUUGGAGAGAAGGUCCCAUUCUUUAGUCUUUUCUUUGCUUCAAAGGUUUCCACUAAUCCUCCAUUUAAGUAAACGGUGUCGGUGAAUGAAGCACUAGAGAGACGCAUUUCCGCCCAUUAAAUCAAAUGAAUUGUUUUGUAAAUUACAUAGCCCUCGUCACAAUCCUCCAAUAAUAUAUGGUAGAGUUUUGUGAACUUUUCUCCAUUUCAAAUUUCCUGCAAUGAGAGUGAAAGUAGGAAGGACAUUUUUGUCUUUACAAUUAAAUAUUUAUCUCAUAUAAAAUAAUUCUCCAUUUCAAAUUUCCUGCAAUGAGAGUGAAAGUAGGAAGGACAUUUUUGUCUUUACAAUUAAAUAUUUAUCUCAUAUAAAAUAAUAUCAAUACGAGGAUUCGAACCCGGGUCUCUUAAAACAAAGACAACAAUCACAACCAAUUACACUAAACAAAUUUGUUGUAUCUUUUUUAGUACAAAGCAUACACAAAGUUAGACUCUGAAAAUUGGAUGAAUUUUUCAUCAUGAUUACCAAGCCUACUAAGUCUACCGUAUAUAUUUUUAUGGUGCUUGAUACUUUAGUUUUCAUAGUAGCUAGAGUUUCAUGUAUUUUCUCAAUUUUAAUUUUUUUGCACUCGCCUUAAUUUUUUUGCUAAAGGUAGAUUGGUAAUUGGCUACCAUAGAAGAAACUAAUUAUGUUACUGCGUGUUGUAUCCUUGAAAUUUUCAAUUUAAAUUUAAAUUUAGUGCUUUUUUUAAUCUUUGUUCUUAUGUCUUUUAAGUUCCUCCAAAAUUCCCUCUAUUGUGCAAUAGUUUACGCCCCUUUCACUUUUCAAUACAAGGCCGCCUUUGAAAUCAAUCUUUUGGUAUCUCUUGGCACUACGAUUUUAUUAUUGGGGAUUUAAGCUAGGCAAGUAGAAGAUUUCAACUCCGAUAUCAAUCCAUGACAAUAGAAUGGAGUUCAAUAAAUGGAGUUGUAGAAGGAGGAUUAGAGAUUGAAUUUUUUAUUGAAACAUAUGUCUCUUGAGAUAAAAAUUUGGUUCUACAACAGAGAGUGGUGACUAUUGGACCUUUAGGUUUAUGGUUUUUGCAGCUAGGUCGAUUCUUUAUUCAACCUACUAGAACUGAUAGAUACGGAGUGUCUAAUUUUGUGCCUUAUUACGUAGAUCGAGUUUAUUAGCAUAUUGGAGGUAACCCUAAUUUUGUCGUUUGCUCUCAAGUUUUAUUGGUCCCCUCUUAAUUGAGUUGUUAGUAUAUAGUUGACUUGAAUCAACAACUCUUCAUUUCUUUUUGAUUAGUGGCAUAUUGUUGCUAAGGAGAGCAUUGAACCCUUUAUGUAGGAUUGUGAGGUUUAAAAUUGUGUUUCAAUUUUCAAACUAUCUAUGACGUGUGGGAAUUCCAAUGAGCUUUUGUACUCCAUCUUUCUUGACAAUCAACUAACCAAUAGCAUUUUAAUUGGGGCUUAGUUAUCAUUAUAAAAAUGAGAUCAAUCAUUUUUAUAUUUUAUAUUCUUAUUUCUCCAAAAGUUCGACCUAUACAUUCUUUAUUUAUAUAUCAUCUAGAUCGAAGAAUUGUCAAUAAAAUUAAACGGGUUGAUAGAAUUAAAUGUAACAUAAAAAUACAAAUAAUCAAAUAUGAACAUUCCGGCCAACGGGCCGGGUUAUAAGCUAGUAGUAAGAAAAUUCCUUUUAUGAUCACCCUACUUUCACUACUGCCUGGAAGAAUUUUGUAUUUAAGUCACUACUUAGAAUCCACAUUUGCAUAGAUUCCUAUCUUGUGAAAAGCUCUCCCGCCUUUGUAACUGUAGAAGUUGGACCAAACAUUUUUUUUUUUUUUUUACAAAAACUUCGUUACAAGGUGCUUCGAGACUUCUAUUUAUGCUAUUGCUAAGGUUGCUUGAGCUUAUGUUAUUUCGAUAUUUUCACCCUUUCAUGUAAGUCAGAGUAAUGAGUCAUGUUUGAAUCUCCUCCACAUUACCUGCUUUAGCUUCUACUUCACAUUCUUUUACCAAUUGGCAAUAGCAAUUAACAAGGGUAACUUUUCGAAAAACCAGGGAUCAUUUAGUAUUUGUUAUUCUAAAUGGUGUAUUGACUGAAUUUAUGUAGUGUAUAAAAUGCAUCGUUUUUUUGGUCUAAAAUGAUGUACAGUGCAUGCAUUGGUUUUUUAUAUUUGACAUAUCAAAUCUUCAUUUUGAAUGGUUUAGAAUCUCAACAAAAAAGAUAAAGAUUGUUGAGAUAGUUAGCUUGAGAUUGUGAUCUUGUUUUUCUUUGCUUUUGUAUUCCUAGCAACGAAAUACCUCAAAUUUUCCAUUCACUCACCAGCUCAAAAUAUGGGUAAAUAUGACUUUUCUCAAAAAGGUUACUUUCCCUCUUGAAUCUACAACACCAUAAUUACACAACCAAACAUGGUAAUCUUAAAAUUCACCCAUUUAAACAAUACAAACAUUUAUAAUGCAUACAUUUAUAAAAAUACAUCAAUUUUCAGAAUCACAAAUACCAAAUGACCUCUAAAGUAUUUAAAAGGCGUUAACAGACUUUUUAAUCUUGAAUCGGUGUGUAGAAACAAAUCAUAGUGAUCAUAUAGACACGAGGAAGAGCUUUGAUACAACUGCGGGAUACUUAGUCAACCAUACUAGGUUAAUUAUAGUUUGUUUGAGGGAUCUACUGAUGGAAUUAAUGAUAUUGUCUUAUUGUUAAGGAGCAUUACACUCUUCUUAUAUAAAAGCGUGCAAAGCAUCGCAACCUCAAAUUUAAAUAUAGUGGGGCAACGCGAUUGUACAUGGCCUAAUACAUAACGUUAGAUCGGGGAAAAAAAUCGGAACAUAACGUUAGCGAGUGUUAUGCCUUGUUAGCUAGUUAAUCUCCUAAGUAGUUACCUUCUUUAUAAAUGUGCAUGGAUGACACGCACAACCCAAGCACUCUCCAAAAGGGUGUGAAGUGAAAGUGAAGAAUAAGGGAAGCGUGUUGGUGUGUCGUGUAAUUUGGGUUCUGGAGUAGGGCCACCACAGAAGAUGAAUCAAGUUGUGCUUCGACCUUUCGAUGUCCUAGGCGUCAGGCCAUCUCGAGUCUCUCAAUGACGCUUCGUAGUUUGGCUCGGUAAUGUGAUAGAUCUCCAGGUUCAUGGCGGAGCUGACUUAAUUAUUCAAACAAGUUGAAUGAAGCUUAUGGUGCAUUGUAUUUGUUUAUAAUUUUUUUUUAGUAAAGUGAGUAGGUCUUCUUUGUUCUUCUAACAGUUGUAGAUGACAAUAUUUAAUGAUCUAUGAUUAUGUCAAUAUUUUGCUAUUUUGAACGGCUUAGAUUCGUUGGAAAAGACCUCAAGUCACCUAACUUGAAAAAAUAUAUGAAAAUUUUGAAGGAGGUCCCAAUAAUGUAACACAAUCUCUUAACGUGAAUGUAACCCAAAUUCGAGUAAAACCAAUAUGAGAUAACUUUUCGUUGGACAGAAAUCACGAAUUUCUUAUCGAUACGACGGACACUCGCGCCGAAGAGAUGCACUGCUCCAUUCGAAAAAUGGGUUUCCCUUAAAAGCGAUCAAGAUGAUAAGAAGAAGAGAGAGAAAAAACCCGCCCUGAACUAUGAGACUCUUAUCUCUGGGUUUCAUGGAAAACCUAUAUGGGAUACUUUUUUUUUGCAUGGAAGUUUAACCUUUGUAUUUAUCUCGUUACUCGUUUAUACUUGGAAGCAAGUAUCUUUUCAAAAGCUUGUCGUGCAACUGUUCAUGAUUCUAAUGAAACAAGGACUUAUCA